UCGCCUACUCUACUCUUUCCCAGGGCUCUCCUUGUUUUGCAUCCUUGGCAGUUGAAAAAAUGCACAGCCAAAGUGUCACACACGUUGCGGGUGGAUGCAUACAGAGGGAGCUACCAUUCUCGACAAGCAACACGGUGGCGGGGUCAUGGGUGUUUGCUGCGCUGAAGGGUCUCCCGGGGUGCCCCUCCGCCGCUCCACAGCCUCCUCUAUGCCAUAUGUCCUUGCCCUCCUCUUCCUCAAGUCGCUCCUCGUUGGCGAAAUGUCAAUCUUCUCCUUGCUCAAUUGCUAGUCAGCAUAAACUAGAAUCACUCCUGCGGUCCGACCGAUGCACUGCAAGUGCGUUCACCCACCAGCUGUCCCGAGAUGUGGCCACCCCUGGGAAACGAAUGGGAACGUCCGUGCUUGGUCCCAUCGCAAUGGCUGACAGUUCUCGUGAAAAUUGUCAGUGCUUCAGGUCCUCCCGUGCGCGCGGAUCGGCGGUCUGCGCUUCACACUCGCAGAAGGAGAGUGUCAGCCCGAGCAUGGACGCUGCUGCGGAGAAUGGCGCCGAUGGUGCGGUGGCAUCCGAACGCAGAAAACUGGAUCGCGUAAGAGUGAUCGACUUUUUGACACUGCUCGAAAAUCUGAAGAAAAUGAAGAGGACCGGUUGGGUCCGCUUUGGGGUGGUAGGUGCCGAGUCGAUUGCCGAUCACAUGUACCGCAUGUCGAUCAUGUCGCUUCUUCUCGGAGACGAAGCGGGGCUGGACAGAGACCGAUGCAUCAAGCUGGCCAUUGUUCACGACAUCGCAGAAGCGAUCGUCGGUGACAUUACGCCUGCGUGCGGGAUCACCAAGGAGGACAAGAGUAGGAUGGAGAAGGAAGCGAUGGACAAACUGUGCGGCGUUCUUGGAGGCGGCCCGGUCGCGGAGGAGUUUCUGGAGCUUUGGCUCGAGUACGAGCACAUGAAAACGGACGAGGCGAAGCUCAUCAAGGACUUCGACAAAUUGGAGAUGAUCCUCCAGGCCUUGGAGUACGAGAAGGCACAAGACAUGGUGCUCGCCGAGUUCUUUGAGUCCACGAUGGGAAAGUUUCAAACGGACGUCGGAAAAAAUCUUGCGCUGGAAAUAAUGGAGAGGAGAACAAAACAUCAAACAAAACAUCAACAGGGAAAAGGCUCUCAGCUGGGGUCCGCAUCGAGAUCCACAUCUGAGGUGGAUGGCUCUCCGUCUUCCGGCAACGGUAUUUAACGGCGCCGCCCUCGACAAGUUUUCCUGUCUUAGUGUGUGUUUCUUCAUGUGCAGUAUAGGAACCCCCUCCCCUUUCAGCGGUACUCGCGAUGUCCUCUUUCUCCCCCGUCUCCGUACCAUCCUGGCCAAAUUCAUGGCAGACUCGCUCGGCGCAUUAUUAGCUUAAUUCUUUGAUGCCCUUUUCCUGGUCGCUUUAUUUUUGUCUCCCCCUUCCCCCCCCUCCCCCCCCCAAAAGCAAAAAUCAGUUACAUAGGGGUUCGAUUCUGCACAAACUCGGGUCCAUUUCCCUCCCGGAUGUCGAUCAGUUGGGUCACCUUGGUCGCAAUUUGCAGAGCCUAGCAGUAGGUCGCCUUCAGCGUUCGACGCUGAUUGGACUGCGUUAUCUGGCUGCGAGGGGGAGACAAAAAUAAAUGCAGUGUAUGUAACAUAAGAAGGAAGACAACUGUUUACUUGCUAUAUGUGGCUAUAGCUCCAGUGCAACAGAAGAGACCUGGGCAGUUCUAGUUCUGGCAUCAGCAAAGUGUCAGGAGUUUGUUGAUCGCAUUGGCGUCAAGCUCUGGCUGCGUUGGCGUCCUCGUCCAUUCGUUGAUUGGCGCUUUGCUCAGCCACUUCAGGACCAGUGGACAAGGUAAGGGUCUCUGGUUGCUGUUCACUGAACUCAGGGGCUAUGGGAUGAGGCUGUCCUCAGUAAACUCAGGUUAGAGUGCGCUGACUACUCACUCAGCUCACGGUGUACGGGGUGAGGCUGUCCUCGUUUAACUCAGGGAAUUUGGGGCCUUGUCCAGAUGAGGCGUAUGCACAGUGAACUCAGUAAAUUCAGUAAACUCAG